AUGCCCCCCAAGGCCGCCGACAAGAAGCCCGCCAGCAAGGCCCCCGCUACUGCCUCCAAGGCUCCUGAGAAGAAGGAUGCCGGCAAGAAGACCGCUGCCAGCGGCGACAAGAAGAAGCGCACCAAGACUCGCAAGGAGACAUACUCUUCUUACAUCUACAAGGUCCUCAAGCAGGUCCACCCCGACACUGGUAUCUCGAACCGUGCCAUGUCCAUCCUGAACUCUUUCGUCAACGACAUUUUCGAGCGUGUCGCCACCGAAGCCAGCAAGCUUGCCGCCUACAACAAGAAGUCCACCAUCUCCUCCAGGGAGAUCCAGACCUCUGUUCGCCUUAUUCUCCCCGGUGAGCUGGCCAAGCACGCCGUUUCUGAGGGCACCAAGGCCGUCACCAAGUACUCCUCGUCCACGAAAUAA